GCCCCCAGCGCCGGGCCCCGGGGCGGACGCGCAGGCCGCGGGCGCGGAGCGGGCGGAGGACGCGGGGGCGGCGCUGCUGCGCGAGCCCGUGUACAACUGGCAGGCCACCAAGCCCACCGUGCAGGAGCGCUUCGCCUUCCUCUUCAACAACGAGGUGCUGUGCGACGUGCACUUCCUGGUGGGCAAGGGGCUCAGCUCGCAGCGCAUCCCGGCGCACAGGUUCGUGCUGGCCGUGGGCAGCGCCGUCUUCGACGCCAUGUUCAACGGGGGAAUGGCCACCACGUCCACCGAGAUUGAGCUGCCCGACGUGGAGCCGGCCGCCUUCCUGGCCCUGCUCAAGUUUUUGUACUCGGACGAGGUACAGAUCGGGCCCGAGACGGUGAUGACCACGCUGUACACGGCCAAGAAGUACGCGGUGCCGGCGCUUGAGGCCCACUGCGUGGAGUUCCUCAAGAAGAACCUGCGGGCGGACAACGCCUUCAUGCUGCUCACACAGGCGCGACUGUUUGACGAGCCGCAGCUGGCCAGCCUGUGCCUGGAGAACAUCGACAAGAACACGUCAGACGCCAUCACCGCCGAGGGCUUCACUGACAUCGACCUGGACACGCUGGUGGCCGUCCUGGAGCGAGACACCCUGGGCAUCCGGGAGGUGCGGUUGUUCAACGCUGUCGUCCGCUGGUCUGAGGCCGAAUGUCAGCGGCAACAGCUGCAGGUGACGCCCGAGAACAAGCGGAAGGUUCUGGGCAAGGCCCUGGGCCUCAUCCGCUUCCCACUGAUGACCAUCGAGGAGUUUGCCGCAGGCCCUGCGCAGUCGGGCAUCCUGGUGGACCGCGAGGUGGUCAGCCUCUUCCUGCACUUCACCGUCAACCCGAAGCCGCGCGUGGAGUUCAUCGACCGCCCGCGCUGCUGCCUGCGCGGGAAGGAGUGCAGCAUCAACCGCUUCCAGCAGGUGGAGAGCCGCUGGGGCUACAGCGGCACCAGCGACCGCAUCAGGUUCUCGGUCAACAAGCGCAUCUUCGUGGUGGGCUUUGGGCUCUAUGGAUCCAUCCACGGGCCCACGGACUACCAAGUGAACAUCCAGAUCAUCCACACAGACAGCAACACCGUGCUGGGCCAGAAUGACACGGGCUUCAGCUGCGACGGCUCGGCCAGCACGUUCCGCGUCAUGUUCAAGGAGCCGGUGGAGGUGCUGCCCAACGUCAACUACACGGCCUGCGCCACGCUCAAGGGCCCGGACUCCCACUAUGGCACCAAAGGCCUGCGCAAGGUGACCCAUGAGUCGCCCACAACGGGGGCCAAGACCUGUUUCACCUUCUGCUACGCAGCCGGGAACAACAAUGGCACGUCUGUGGAAGACGGUCAGAUCCCCGAGGUCAUCUUCUAUACCUAGGCUGUCUCCCCACCGCCCACCCGUGGGGGACAACCAGGUCCCCGAGGCCAUCUUCACACUAGGCCACCCCACACUGUGCCCUCGGCCAUCUGCCCACUCCCUGCCACCUUUCUCAGCAUCACGAAAGGGGCUGCCCUGUGUCCGUGGUGACAAGUGAGGCUGCUUAUUUCAUAGAAGCCAGGGAGGUGGCCAGGCUGGGGCCCCUUCCAGACAAUCCCUCAGGACCGGGGGCUGGCCGCACCUGCCCCGCCCGAGCAGGCCUAGGCUCGGGUCACGGCCCCUGCAGCUCGGGCGUCUGCCCAGCUCUCCUGACCAGGGUCCGUGUAGGGUGUCUCCCGUCUGUUCUGUUAACUGCACAUGGCAAUGCAUUUGGGGUUCCCAUUUCUCUGCCAGGAGAUGCUUCGUGGGGGCAGCUCCAGAGCCAUUGGUGUGGGCCUUCUGUUCCCCUCCUUGUCAGUUCACUGGGGACAUGCAGGUCCCACCUGCCAUGCGCGUAAGGCUGCCCCAGCCUGCUGGCGCCCCCACCUCCGGGAUGCUGGCCCAAGGCCUGCGGUGUGGGGCUGGAGCCCUGCACGGUCCUGGGGGAUGGGCUCCCGUCAAGCCCAGCCCCAGCCCAGGGGGCUGGCGGUUUGCCCUUUCCGUUCUCAUCCAUGCAGUGGGCCCCGUGCUGUCCCCCCUCUCUGGACAGGCCCCUGCAGCUGAGGGCAGGGCCUCACAAGGCCCAGUGGGUCCCUGGCUGGCCUGCCCACCUGUACAUACCGUAGCCCACCCCACCCCGGCCACCGAGUGUCGCCUGGAGGUGCUGGAGGGCACAGCCCCUCCCCACCCCUACCCCUCGUGUUUCUGCCCCAGUGACUCCUGGAACCCACGUCCUCCCCAAAGCCAUGGAAGGUGUGCCCUCACACCACGG